GGACCGGCGGAACGGACCGAAUCGAUCGCGGACUGGAGCUCGCGCCAUAUUGUAGUGCGAGUGAAUAUCUGUGCAUUACUUCAGAGUGUGAGGGUGUGGGUGGGUGUCGGCGGUGUCUGUAUAUCGCUGAGUCGGGUGUGUACUCUCUCUCUCUGUGGCGCUUCAGCACCGUGCUCUCAAGUCCUUCACAGUGAGAAUUGGAUGUGUAAUUUGCAGACAAACCUCGUCGUCUGCUAACUAAGCCACUCCGCGGACAGAAAAGAGCGCGAGUCAGAGGUGAAGGUUGAGCAGCCGCCAGCAAGGAGGACCACCGAGCCACCAUGCUGGAGCCCAGCAGUUCUGAGGAGGAGUCUGACGGUGAGGUGCAGGAGGAGCCUGGGCGCGGCCACCCUGCCCGCUCCGGCGGGGGCAGCACCAGUCAUGACCACCACACUACUGACGGAGGCCCGCCUGCUGUGGUCUCCCACCCGUCCCUGCAGGUCCCCAGUACCACAGGCUCCCUCCCAAGACGAGCCAGCAUAAGGGCCACACAAGGGUAUGACACGAGAAGCACGUCCCCUGGGAGCACCCUGAGCGUGGAUACUCUGAGUGUGGGCGGGGGGUCUAAGACCAACUCUCUGCCAAGACCGACGUCUCCCUCGCCAUCCAUCAUGAGUGACAAGACCAUCACACAAGAGGACCCCACUGAGAAGCACGAGCGGGAGGAGGAGGAGCGCAAGAGACGCCUCCAGCUCUAUGUCUUCAUCCUCCGCUGCAUAUCCUACCCUUUCAACGCCAAGCAGCCCACCGACAUGACCAAGAGGCAGAUCAAAGUCUCCAAGCAUCAGCUGGAAACCAUCCAGAGCCGCUUCCAGAGCUUCCUAAAAGGGGAACUGCAGAUUGCGGCAGAUGAGGCUUUCACAAAUGCUGUACAGAGCUACCAUGAAGUGUUCCUUAAGAACGAACGACUUGCCUCCAUGGUUGUGUCGGGUGCCUGCUCCCAGCAUGACUUGAGAGAGGUCUUCAAGCACAAUGUUGAAAAGAGAGUCAGAUCCUUGCCGGAGAUUGACGGACUGAGCAAGGAGACAGUGCUCACCUCCUGGAUGGCCAAGUUUGACAUGAUCAUCAAAGGUAAGCACCAAUCCAAACGACCUGGAAGAAUGCAACAAAGCCUCAACAGUGAGCUUAUUAUGCCCAAAGAGCAGCUCUUUGACAUGUUUCAGCAGAUCCUUGGCAUCAAAAAGUUUGAACAUCAACUUCUGUUCAAUGCUCUACAGUUGGACAGUCAAGAUGAACAAGCAGCUGCUAUCCGAAGAGAAUUAGAUGGUCGUAUGCAGAAAGUUGCAGAAUUAGAACGGAAUCGCAAGCUGAUGCCCAAAUUUGUGGUAAAGGAAAUGGAGUCUCUCUACUUGGAGGAAUUGAAGACGUCUAUAAAUCUGUUGAUGGCAAAUUUAGAAAGUCUUCCGGUCUCAAAAUGUUCACAAGAAGGCAAAUACGGUUUACAAAAGCUCAGAAAGUACAAUCAUAGGUCAGAUGGGAGCUUGGAAAAUCUAAGUCUUAGUAGACGUAAAAGAUACAAAGUUUUCGAGUAUCUGUCCCCAAAGUUAAGCAGGUCUCAGAGCUCGUUAAGUGGCCGCGAUAGUGACAGUAUGGACAACGAGGUCACGCUGUCGAAGAUGGAUGUUGUCCUUUCAUUUGUGUUAGAGGUGCUGGUUAUGGAGGUUCGCGAGAUCAAACACUUGCCACCCAACCGAAUUGUGUAUUGCACAAUGGAGGUGGAAGGUGGUGAGAAGCUGCAGACAGACCAGGCAGAGGCAUCAAAACCAAUGUGGGACACACAAGGUGACUUUACCACAACACAUCCAUUGCCUGCUGUUAAGAUUAAGCUAUACACAGAAUCUGCUUCCAUGCUCUCUCUUGAUGAUAAGGAGUUGGGCAAGGUUGUACUUCAUCCCACAGCGCUUUCAUCCAAGAUACCUGAAUGGUACAAGAUGCAAGUACCAAAAAAUUCUCCUGAAAAUAACCUUAGAAUUAAGAUAGCAGUUAGAAUGGAUAAACCACAAAACCUCAAACAUUGUGGUUAUCUGUAUGCUCUAGGAAAAAGUUGUUGGAAGAAAUGGAAAAAACGGUAUUUUUGUCUAGUUCAAGUUUCACAGUACACAUUUGCUAUGUGUAGCUAUAGAGAGAAGAAGAGUGAACCUACGGAGAUGAUGCAACUAGAUGGCUACACUGUUGACUAUAUUGAACCUGUAUCAGCUCAACUUAUGGUUGGAAUGGAUCUGGAAGGUGGUAGAUUUUUCUUUAAUGCUGUAAGAGAGGGUGAGUCCAUCUUGUAUGCCACGGAAGAUGAGAAUGAGUCUCAUCAGUGGGUCACAGCAUUGUACCGAGCCACAGGUCAAGCUCACAAGCCAACUCCACCAGUAAUGCCUCAAGGAAAAAAUUCCACAUUAUCCAAAAUACAGGGAGAUGCAGAUAAAGCAAAGAAGCAUGGAAUGGAUGAAUAUAUAAGUGCCGAUCCUGUUAGAUUUGAUCAUCACAAUUUGUACAGAGUUCUACAAACUCAAACACUUGAAUACCGUCUUAUUGACCCAUAUUGUUCUCUGGGAUGGUUCAGUCCUGGUCAGAUUUUUGUAUUAGAUGAGUACCAGGCUCGGUAUGGUGUUCGGGGCUGUUAUAGACAUCUCUGCUAUUUAGAAGACCUUCUAGAUCGAGCAGAGAAAGGCCAGAUGAUAGACCCAACUCUCAUUCACUACUCAUUUGCCUUCUGUGCCUCCCACGUUCAUGGAAACAGGAAUCAACAAUUAACCACCAGCCCCGCCGAAGAUGGGACAGUGACAGUAGGCCAAGAACAAACUCAAGGCCAAAUAGCCCCUAACGUACCGUUUCCAACAAGACCUGAUGGUGUGGGUACCGUCCUAGCAGAAGAAAAGGAGCGCUUCCAGGUUAUUAAAGAGAGGUUAAGAGUCUUACUAGAACACCAAAUAACUAAUUUCAUGUAUUGCUUCCCAUUUGGUCGACCAGAAGGUGCCCUUAAAGCCACGUUAUCCUUACUAGAGCGGGUGCUGAUGAAGGAUAUAGUGACCCCUGUGCCGCCCGAAGAAGUGAGAGGCAUGAUAAAAAAGUGCCUAGAAAAUGCUGCCCUCCUCAACUAUACUCGUCUUUCUGCUGAAACUAAAAUUGAGGGUGGAGAAACUACCCUUCAAGAGGACCUAAGUGGUGAGAAUGCAGUGUCUGCUAGCAGGAAAUUGGAUGACCUAAUUCACUUGGCUGAGUUAUGUGUCGACCUCCUGCAGCAGAAUGAGGAACACCAUGCCGAGGCUUUCAGAUCGGAUAAAGCAUUUGCAUGGUUCAGCGAUCUUUUGGUGGAACAUGCCGAAAUCUUCUGGUCCCUGUUUGCUGUAGAUAUGGAUCAAGUUUUAGCUGAACAACCCCCUGAUACCUGGGACUCCUUCCCGCUCUUCCAAAUCCUCAAUGACUACCUAAGAACGGAUGACAACCUUAAAAAUGGACGGUUUCAUCAACAUCUCAGAGAGACGUUUGCACCGAUGGUCGUUCGAUAUGUGGACCUGAUGGAAUCCUCGAUAGCUCAGUCCAUUCACAAGGGCUUCGAGAAGGAACGGUGGGAGAAUAAGGGGAAACCUCCAUCUCCAUCGGACUCGGAACCCUCAAAAAAAGUGGAUCCAGUGGCCCUCGCCAGGAAUGGGUGUGCAACAUCAGAAGACCUCUUCUGGAAACUGGAUGCCUUACAAUCUUUUAUUAGAGAUCUUCACUGGCCUGACCAUGACUUUGCAAAACAUCUGGAGCAAAGAUUAAAGUUGAUGGCAUGUGACAUGAUCGAGUCAUGUAUUACUCGGACAGACCAGGCAUUUCAGCAGUGGCUUAAAAAAGGCACUGGUUUUGUCUCAACAGAUUAUGUGCUCCCAUCUGAAAUGUGUGCCAUGGUCAAUGUUAUUCUUGAUGCCAAGAAUCAGUCUUUCAAACUUUGUGCCGUCGAUGGAGUUGAUGUGCACCAAUAUCAUACCAAAAUCGAUGACCUCAUCGAGAGAACUAGUAGCUCUAUGACUCAAGGAAUGGUUGCUAAACUUCUGUCAGUAUUAGAGUCUGUCAUCUCUAAACUAAGCAGAUAUGAUGAGGGAAGUUUCAUCGGCUCAAUUCUUUCAUUUACGUACCAUCAGAAUGUGAGUGGUUCAGGAAAGGAACUAGGAAAAGCAUAUAUUAACUUUGCAAGAAAUUCCAUGGACCAGAUCAGACAAAAAGUCAAUGAUGAACUUUGGAUUCUCAACCUUUUUGAGCAGUGGUAUGCAGCACAGGUGACAAUGCUGUGUUCAUGGCUGAGUGAGAGACUAGAUCACAAUCUCCAUCCAUAUCAGUGCACUUGUCUUGCCCAUAUUGUUAAGAAAAUUUAUACUGACUUUGAGCUACAAGGAAUAAUGGAAGAGAAAUUAAAUACAAAAACCUAUCAAACGAUAAGUCAGCGAAUGACGACUGAAGAAGCUGCUUGCGCACUCAUUGAGGGAAGCAGACGAGCUGACGAUGAUAAUCAAUCCCUUCCCGAGGGGGCUGAAGGAGAGGACUAUCCAGAGACAGGUAUUGAGGAUGAUAUGAUGGAAAAGAAGCCAAAGGUUACAGCUCAACUUAGCCAAACCCUGGGUGAUGAUCCUGCUAAUUAUGUUGCAAAAGUCUCAAAUGUUGCUGGAAAUGUUGCUGGGAAAGUGGGUAAUGUUUUUGGUGGCCUCAGUAAAGGUAUUGGAGGGAUCACUGGGAAAUUUGGAGGUGGAGGCUUUUUUUAACUAUGCCAAAAACUUAUAAAUGGGAUUGUUUGAAAUUAAUACAAAAUGACUCAAUGAUUCACCACAGACUAAACUAAACUGAAAGUUUUCUUAACUGAUUCCUUCUUUCUCCAAAGGCUUUUCUUAGGAUAUUGUUUAUAUGAAGUAACUAGGAAAGUAGGAAAAGUAAAAUAAAAUAACAUAAAUAUGGCACUUUCAAUGCACAAAGGAAUUUUACGUUUGUUGUAUAAGAAACUAUAGAAAAUUUUUCUAAAUAGCAGUUAUAUAAGUAAGUUGAACGGGUGGAUAUUAAGGUAUACUGUACAAUGAAGGUGAAGGCAUGAAUUUUCACACAGUACAAUAAUAAAAUGAAAGCAAAAUGAACCAAUUGUAAUAGAAGUACAUGCCAGCUAUUAUUCAGUAAUGUAUGUAUAAAUAUUUAGAUGGUACAGGUUUAAACAUUUUGCUAAUUGGAAUAUUAAUUACAAAUGAUUUAUAUAUUUAAAAGUAAAUGAGAAUUCAAAUAAUAUCAAUCGUAUACUACCUUUUAAAUUACAAACUACUGAAUUAUCAGACAAUUUUCUUUUCAGCAAUAUUUUCUUUUCCUAACAGUAUACUGUGUAAGCAUUUUAAAUUCCAAAAUAAAUGACAAUCUACAUGAAAUGAAAUGUUAACGCCAGGGGCUACAGCAUGUUAACUGUGAGUAGGUGCGUGUAAAACUUUAUGUAACAAUUGUAAAUUCUCAAGAAACCAGCUCAAGCUUUUGCUUCAAAUAUUAACUAAAUUAUUACUAUUCUACAGUCUCAAUACAUUAUUGUUCAUAUUAACAUUUCCACAUACUAUAAUCACAUCUUAGUGCACAAAUAUGAUUUAAAAGUUUGAGAGAACUGAGUUUGGAAAAUAUACAUAGACAUUAAGUUUAUAUUAGAGGUAUACUUAAAUAAUAUAUGUUUUUACAAUAAUAAAAUGUUAGUUGUCAGUUACGAAUGAACUUGUGCUGGUCUUCAUGAAUAACUGAAAAAUUACUACAGCUAUAAUGCUUGCAUUCAAUACCUACAUUAUAUUUUCUUGGAGAGCCACCUGAUGGCUGCUUGUAGCUAUCUUGCUGAAAUUGUUCCAAUCAACCAGUCAUAUCAGUUGCAUGAGUUCAUUUGGUCUACCAGGGACCAAAGCCAAAAUGAGGCUCCUUCUCAUGAGGCACAGGGAGUAUAUGACAUUCUGCCAUUUUACCGGGAAAGCAUCCAGAAUGUCAGCAAAGUCUUACACACAACAGAUGGGUUCCCAAGACUCACAAAUCACAAAAAUGCCAACUAAUUCUCAGAACAAAAUAAACUCACAAAGUUAACUAAAACCUGAAAGUACCGAAUGCCGCUACCAGGUGACCUGGCACUCAAUUCAGUGUCAGUCCAUGCAUCAAUUCAUUUGCCAAAGCUUAUGCUUUGGCAAAUGGUCCUAGAGCAACGCUGUAGAGCGCCAUUAUCGCAUCAUCUUGCAACAAGUCCCAGAGCUUCUAAGGUUAAGUACCGGCUAUCCUAGGACUCAUCUUGUGGGGACCUCUUUUGCUGGUGUGUUGUUCCACUAUAGUCUUUGCUUCGCAUACAUGUUUUCAGCAUGUUUUUUGUGUGGAAUUGGCUUUUUUAUGCUCCAGAUUGCAUGUGCCCAGCAGUUACUUCCCUAGGUGUUUGUUAGAGCAUUGCACUUGCACUGACAAAGUUUAUUCUAUGGUGUGUUUGUGGGUUCACCCUAUCGAGGCCAGGCUACCAGGGUAGAGUGCCAUACCUUGGGUAUUUCAGGGGUCUUCUGACCUGUCUGUUUAGGCCCUUGGUUGAGUUGUUUAGUAGGUUGUAAUUACCUAAGUGUAGUUACAGGAUGAGAGCUACGCUCGUGGUGUCCAGUCUCCCCAGCACUCUUUGUCAUAUAACGCUUUGAAAUUACU